UGGAAACUCCGACGGAGUUACCCAGAGGGCCAGAGUUACCGCCGCAUUCUCGAGCGUUCGUCUCUUCGUACGGCAGCCAGACGCCCCAGACGGUCGAGCGCAUGUCUCGUCCUCGUCGCGUCGAGAGAUACGUGUUUAAUUUCGCGCGUUUGUAAAUUGUAUCUCGCGCGUCGCUCUUGCCAAGAAAGAGAGAAGAACGAUUGCAAUAAUAAAUCACAACGCGACAACGGUGACCGCGUUGAUCGCGUGUGCCUCGCGUUCGCUGGUUCGCGGUGCUUCGCCGCUACCUUUUCCGGUAUCGUGCGAGGACAGUGCGAGGAUACAUUAGAACGUAGAUUCGUCGUAACGCGGGCGUCUCGAAGUUCCUUCGAGGACCGCGUGUGAGACGCGAGUUUUUCCCGGGAAGUGAAGUGACGCCGCGGAUUCCCGCCAUCGCCAUCGUUGACGGCGCCAUCGCGGAGCAGCUCUCCCCAUCGUGGGCUUGGGUCGUUCGCUCCGCUCCGCUCCGGUCCGGUCCGGGCUGUCCGUCGCGUAGGCGUAGUGGUGCGGGCGAGUCGGGCGUCGUCAGGCGUCGCUACGCGUUCGUCUUCUCGCGGCUCAUGUGCUCGCGAGCCGCGCCAACGGAGACGACGGAGUGCGCGCGAGACGGGAGGUGCAGGUUGACGUUAUCGUCGUCUUUGUCGUUAUUUCGAGCGCCGGUUAUUUCUCGGACGAGUAGUGCGCGCGGUCGGAAUCUAUUUUCCUUUCGCGGAGCGGAGUGACUCGAGAAGAGAGAGAGAGAGAGAGAGGGCGAGAGAAAGCGUCGUUUAUUAUGGGACAAGUCCCUUCGAGCACAAGGACUUAUUAACAAAGGAAUAAAGAGAGAAUUCACCGUAUUUCUCAAACUACAGUACAUGAAAUAAAGUGAAACAGAACAAAAUAAUGUGAAAAAUAUAUACGAUAUUAAAACUGAAUAAAAAAAAUUGAUGCGUGUAUAUGCAUAAGAACGUAUGCGUACGUACAAGAGUGCAUGUGUGCGUGUGUGUGUGUGUGUGUGUGCGCUCGCAGGCACAUAACGGAGAGAAAGAGAGGUGGUAGACAAAGCGGACGACUAAACGCGGGGAUAACUCUGAUACAGCUCGCGACUAAACGAGAUAAGAGCCCAGAAGAUAAUACGUGCGCGCGAGACAAACAGUGGAUGUGAAGUGAUAAUUCAUCGAGAGCGACACAGUGGACGAUUAACAUUAAUCCCCUUCCCCUUCCCCCUCUAGGCCACCAGACCGCCAUUAUCAUUAGCAAAACAGCGGGAGAUCCUCGGCGCCGACACUACGUUUCUCGCCGACAAGAUGAUGGGCAAACGGACGCAGUGUUAUCUGUGCGACCUGCCCAGGAUGCCUUGGGCGAUGAUAAUGGACUUCUCGGAGCCGGUUUGUCGCGGCUGCGUGAAUUACGAGGGCGCCGACCGCAUCGACCUAGUCCUCGAGUCGGCCAAGCAGCUGAAGAAAGCGCACGGUUUUCAGGAUGCUCGGCCGUCCGCCUCCAAGACGUAUCGUACUGGUACGGGACACACCGAGCACAACGGCGGUACCAAUCUCGACGUCCUGCCGAUACAGAACACGCCACAGGGUAGUCAUACGCGUCAUCACAACAUCGGCGGUUACUCGCAGUUACACCAUCGUAAUUCCAUCACCGAGUUCACCUCAGGAACAGCGGCGGCGGCCGCCGCCGCCGCCAGGCAGCAGGUCGGUCGUCAACACGGUGACGAGAGCCACGAGAUCGCCAACAGCAUAAGGAACAAUCCACCGCGCUUGUCCAACGCCCAUCUGGCCGCGGUGGCCGCGCAUCAGAUGACCCUGCAUAAUCGCAGCAUUACCCAACUCAAACGCGGCAUCUCCGCGAUCGACGAGGAUGAACACGCUGAGAAACGGUUGUCCUUGGAGGAGCAGCAUCCAGUUAGACCACCGCUGACACGCGGGGACUCUCUACCGGCGGUCAGCUUGGCCGUCAGCUACGUGGACCGGAACAAAGAGAAGCAUCCGGUGAGGGCGCCCAGCUUCGAGACGGCGACUACCUUCAAGGCCAACGGAGCGUACGUUGGGCCAUCUAUACCAUUGGCACCUGCCAAUGUCGCGGCCAAUGGUGGAGGAUCGCCUCUUCGUCCAAGAACGAGUCCUCCACCACCGCCACCACCGAGUCAGGAAGGCGCCAACGAUAAUUCACAAUCGAAUCAUCAUCAGGGCACAGCGAAUGGUCCAUCGCCAAUGGCCGCUUUAAUGUCAGUCGCUGACAAUCUAACAUCGCCUGAGCCGGUACCACAGCCGCCGAACAAUCCCAGUCCCACCAGCAGAAGUCCACCGACUACAGCCGCGAACGCUCAGCAACGUAGUGCUUCUAGAGGCUCCCAGCACAGUCCGAACAGUUCAGGUUCGUCGGGCAGACGGUCCAGUAGUUCAAGGCAGGUGUCAUCCACGACCGUGACGACAUCCUCGGAGGGCGCAGUUGCUCAACCGACUGCCGGCUCUGAACCGGUCACGGCACCGACCCUCAAGUGUACUCUGUGUCAGGAACGCCUAGAAGACACGCACUUUGUGCAGUGCCCCAGCGUGCCACAUCACAAGUUCUGCUUCCCAUGCAGUCGAGACAGCAUAAAGAGACAAGGUGCCGGCUCAGAGGUUUAUUGUCCGAGCGGCGAGAAAUGCCCGCUGGCGAACAGCCAGGUACCGUGGGCCUUCAUGCAGGGUGAGAUAGCUACCAUCCUAGGCGAGGAUAACGCGGGCACCGGGCUCAAAGUCAAGAAAGAAAGAGAAUCUUAAAGACCCUCUUUCAAUGUCGAAUCAGGGCUCAAAUUUUCUGUUCCUCUUUGUACAGAGGAGCUGUUAUAUGGUUGGAACCGUGAAGGGUUUCACCGAACGCUUUUGGUAACGGUGAUAAAGACUCGUUGGCGACACGCGGGAGAGCCAACGAAUGAUUCGAGCCAAAGACGUUGUCUGGUGCGAUACGGAUUCUCACGAAGUUGAUGCUGACAUCAAUGAUAAGGGGAAUACUAUGGGAGGGGAGGGAAAACGAAAGAAAAGGGUAAGGUUGGGGGGAGGGAAAGUGGACGAUUUGAUUUUAUUCGAAGCCGGUGGUUGAUGACGCGUUUUAGUAAUGUGAUCGGUAUCGUACGGUAUUUUAUCUUUUGUGACCGGUUUUGAGAAGAAGUCUUUGGCAACUUGCAUAUUGGCGGUCGAUUGUUCUGCUGCACACAUGUACAUAUGGAUUUCGUAGAGAUCGGUUGAAUUGACACGACGAAAAGCAGCGCAUUAUUUUUCGCGGAGCGAAAAUUUAGAGGAGCACUGCGCGACGUUGGGAUCGCGACGACAGUAAUGAUGCUGAUCAUUUGUUGCCCGGUUGGGUUUGUACUUAGGCUCGAUAUGCCUUUCUUCAUUGUCUCUUGUAUCGCGGGCAUAAUUGCCUGCGUUAUUUUACACAUACACACACAGAUACACGCACAGACAUUACACACACACACACACACACACACACAAAAGUACAUACACAAGUAUAUACUAUAUACAAUGUACAAGAAUACAUUUCACGCACACUUCGAAACGGAAACUUGACUUGGUAUUGCGAAACGCACGCGACCACAUUGUACUUUUAUUUUUUUUUUUUUCGCGCACGUCUCCAUCGGAUGAUUGGAGAUCGUGGAUUUAAUCGGGAGACACGGUUGUCUUGGCGCUAAGAGGAAGUGUUAGAGAUAGCGUGAGACCAGCCGUGCCUCUUUAUUAAUGACUAACGCGAGAGACAGGUACUGUCUCCGUGGCUAUCAUCGCCGCCCCUUUUUCUAUUCUUUCGUUUGUAUACUCUUUCUACUUAUACUCUUCACUCGUUGUAUUAUAUAAUAAUUAUAUAAACAUACGGCGGACACAUAUUCGGACCCAGCGCACGGGUUUUCUGUACAUUGUGUAUAUGUGUACAUACCUACAUUAUUAAUAAAGCGUAUAACUAAAAGAAUUUUUAAUGUUUUUUAAGUGUACAAAAAUCUAUAUUCGUUUUUGCGUUUUUGUCUUAUUAAAUUAUUAUUAUCCUCUGUCUCUCUCUCUCUCUCUCUCUCUCUCUCUCUCUCUCUCUCUCUCUCUGUCUCUGUCUCUGUCUUUCUCUAUCUUUUGUUUCUGCUUUCCUUCUUUGUUUUCGAACGAGAUAUGUCGUUAUCUCUCCGAAAGACGCCUUUUUGACGCGUAAACACACGACGUAUCCUUACUUGUUUUCGGUUUCUCGCUCGCGAUGACAUACGACGUUGCGUUUUACUCGCGCUUCUUACAAUCGCGCUCGUCCGGUCUUCGGGGAGGGGGGAGGGGGGGAAAUAACAAGAGAGAAAAAAAAGUAGAGGAAUCACGUGAAACACGUGAGCACAUCGCGCCAUCCAGUCACUCCGCGAAGCGGAUUAUGUAAUAUGAUAAUAUGUCCGACUGUACAACGUCCACUUUCGCCUUUAGUUUAUGCGCUAGACCUUAAGUCGAGGGCCUUUUGGUUUUUCAUUUUCACCGAUGAAAAAGGCACGCCCGUCAAAAUAGGAACCACAUACUCGCUAUGUCUAAACGAUAAAAAAAAAAGAAUGAAGGGGAAAAAAGG